AGGGGUCUUGCCAGUAAACGAUGAGGGAGGGGAUAUUUUAAUGGCCGUCGGUAUCACUACAAUAUGCAAAAAGUCCGGAUUAUCUGCUAUAUUUAGACUGUAAUAUCCACGGAUUAAUUUAGGGCGCUUUCCAUUGGUAACGAGCUUUGCUGUGGGGACGUAUUUGGGUUGCUGGUGUGUUUCUGGCGCUGUUUUUACAGCGCUGUGCGGACUUUACCCGCUUGAUUUGUGCGCGAGUGAGAGAUCGGGCCUAGCCGGUUGGCUAAAAAACAAGCGGACGGUUAGCUAGUCACCGGAGUUAAAAGGGAAUAUGUAACAUAAAGCAACCAACAUGACUUCUAGAUUUGGUAAAACAUACAACCGCAAGGGAGGGGAGGCUAAUUCAAAAUUUGAAGAAGUCUUCUCUAAUAAAAAGCCCACACUGACCACCAAAUGGGGAGAGACCACCUACACGGCGAAGCUGGGGGGCAAAAGGCCUCUUUUGAAAUCUGAUGUGCCUGAGCUUUCCAAGAGACCCAGACUUGAGGACAGCGACAGUGAAGAAGAUCCAUUUGGGUUCGACAGUGAUGAAGAGUCCAAGACUGUAAGUUCCCACAGUAGUUCAGAGAAAGUCCCAGAAAAGGAUGCGGAAAAGCCCACAGCGGUGCAGAGUAGUGGGACAGCCACUGUUGCUACUUCAGCAUCAUACUCUUCAAGCUCCACAGCCACAGUCACACGGACGCAUAAAUCAGAAGAAAAGGCUGUUAAAAAUAACCAGCCCUGGUACAAAAAUAUAUCGGAUGGUAACCAAAAACCUGCAAACGCGGCCUCUUUCUCAGACAAGGUCUCGUCUAAUGCUCACAGUGUCUCAGCAUCCCAGAGGUUCUUGUCUUCCUCUCAAAAUGUAGACACCCCUCUUACAUCAUCCACUGAUGCACCAGGUGGUAGUGGAGACUUCCAGACCUUUUCCUCUUAUGAUGGACUGCCAUUAGAAGAAAUGAAAAAUGCCGAACUGGAGCUUUCCACAGAGCCUCCACCAGAACAAGUAGACAACAUUCCUCCUUCCCCAUUUACUUUAAGAGCCUCAAACUGCAAGAAGUACCAGCGGCCCAACCGGCCUAACAAGGCGUCUCCUGAACCUGCUGAAAAUAACAGCAAUAAGCCCAUUGAAACAGUGCGUGCCAACAGUGCUAGUGCAAGUACUAAUUCUGCCAGUGCUAAAGUAGCAGCCAAGCCUGCAGGCAGGGGUGGUGGGAGAGUAAGGGACUACACGGUUCUGCACCCUUCCUGUCUGUCCAUCUGCAAUGUCACCAUCCAGGACACAAUAGAAAGAAGCAUUGAUGAAUUAGUCACCCCAGCUACACCAGCUGACCUGGGAGAAGCAGGCCAGAUGAAGAAGAAAACUGAUGCUCCACCACCCAAACCUACCAGGUUCAGACCCACCCAGACAAAGACAAAGAAGACAAAAACUGAGACCAAGCUGGAGUUCUUUGGCUUUGAGGAUAAAGAGGACCAGGGAAGCGAAGAGGCUGCAGAAGGGGGUGUGGCAGGAAAGAGCAGCUACAAGAUCAAGUACUUUGGUUUUGACGACUUAAGUGAAAGUGACAGCGAUGAUGAGAGCUCUCAGGUUAAAGAGAAGCAGACCAAAAAGGCAGACGCUUCCUUGUCUGCUAUUAGCUCCAGUGUGGACAGUCCUCAUACCAGUGACUCUCAGGACAGCCAGGCCAGCAGCAAUACAGAUGCUUUUGACUUUGGUGAUGACACCAGUCCAGGUGUCACUGAGGGUCAAAAAGGACGUUCUGGCAAACAAAGUGACAAAUCCAAGGACAGCGCUACUGGACUGAAAAAGAUUUUCAGUGGACCCAAAAAGUCUCCUGCUAAAGCUGUGUACAAUGCUCGCCACUGGAACCAACCCGAGCCUGAAGAGAUGUCUGUGCCUCCGCUUUCGAGAUCACAAACUGCUCCGGCCGUUUUGUCGAGCAGCAGUAAGGACAACAACUCCCAUAAAGAUGAUGGCUUGUUCAAAGCCCCUCCGCCGCCGCCCAAAGUCAUUAAGUCAGAGACCCUCCCUACGCGACUCAACCAGGAUAUUGUUACAACCCUCAAAUGCAGAAAGGAGCACAAGGAGCUGUACACAGUGGUGCAGCAUGUGAAGCACUUCAAUGAUGUGGUGGAGUUUGGAGAGAAUCAAGAGUUCACAGAUGACUUUGAGUAUCUGGAGACAGGGCUGAAGAGCAGUCAGCCACUCAACACAAGAUGCCUUAGUAUAAUCAGCCUGGCCACCCGAUGUGCCAUGCCCAGUUUCAGGAUGCACCUGCGAGCCAGAGGGAAGGUGGCUCAGGUCUUCAAAAUGCUCAGUGAUGCCCCACAGCACCCGAACCUUGCUCUUUGCACUGCUGCUCUGAUGUACAUUCUAAGUCGGGACCGUCUGAACAUGGAUCUGGACAGGGCGUGUUUGGAGCUGAUGAUUAAGCUACUGGAGAUGGAUCAGGACUACCCUGCCCACCAAGACCAGCUCACUGCAAAAGAGGUGGCAAAGGUGAAGGAGAAGAUAAGGAAGCUGUGUGAGACUGUGCACAACAAGCACCUGGACUUGGAAAACAUCACAACCGGCCACCUGGCUAUGGAGGCAUUGCUCUCUCUAACCUCUAAAAGAGCUGGGGAUUGGUUCAAAGAGGAACUGCGACUUCUUGGAGGUUUAGACCACAUUGUAGAUAAAGUGAAAGAGUGUGUGCAGAACCUGAACCAGGAGGACGAUAAAGAGAACCUUGUUGCGUCUUUAUGGGGGGCUGAGAGGUGUCUGAGAGUGCUUGAAAGUGUGACAGUGCAGAACCCUGAAAACCAGAGUUACUUAAUUGCCUACAAAGACUCGCAACUCAUUGUCUCCUCUGCCAGGGCUCUGCACUGCUGUGAGGAUAUGAUCCAGCGGUACAGCAGGGCUUUAAACAACAGCUCUCUGUCAGCGUCGAGUGCAACUCUGCCCCACUGCAGCUUCAGUAACGUGGGCAAAGCAGUAGAAGACUGCAUGAGGGCCGUUAUAGGAGUGCUGCUCAACCUUACCCAUGACAAUGAGUGGGGCAGUACUAAGACGGGUGAGCAGGAUCAGCUAAUAGAGACUGCAUUAAAUUGCGUCCUUAGAGUUCCACGCUACAUCCCACAGGAGCAGCGCUUUGAUGUGAGAGUGCUGGGCCUGGGUCUACUAAUUAAUCUUGUGGAGUACAGCUCUAGAAACCGCCACUGCCUUGUUGACAUGGAGUACACAGUCGACGACACCUGUCUAGAAGACAGCCUGAUGCAGCCUGCUGACCAGCUGCCAAGUGACACAACAGCGGGGCCGGCUGCCCCGAGCACAGCUGAGAUGCAGGGAGAUGAGGCGGACAAGCCCAAGCCCUCUGGCGCUUUGGCUGCACUGGUGAAGCUCUUCCUAGAGAGAGAGCGUGCUGCCAUCCUGGCUGAGGCUAAGACUGAUGACCUCAUCAGCGAAGCACCGAAGCCAGCUCUGGACCAAAGUGGAGAGUGGCAGGAGACAUCAGGCGAGAUCCAGUGGGUGGCAGCUGAAACCAAUGACAACCAAACUGAGAAUAAAGAGUCUGAGAAGAAAGAGGAAGAGGAUGAAGAGUUGGACCUAAAUAAAGCUCUGCAGCACGCCGGCAAGCAUAUGGAGGAUAGUAUUGUUGCCUCCUACACUGCUCUGUUGCUAGGAUGCCUCUGCCAGGGCAGCCAGAUAAAUGUGACUACUGUGCGAGAACAUCUACCUAAAGGAGAUUUCUCCAUCAUGACAGAAAUGCUGAAGAAGUUCUUAAGCUUCAUGAACCUCACUUGCGCAAUGGGCACCACAGGACAGAAGUCCAUCUCGCGGGUCAUCGACUACCUGGAGCACUGUUAACAGUCAGCUCGCGCUCGGACUGCACAUUAAAGAAUCCCAGCUCUUCUUUUUACCCCUUGUCUGACAGGAGCUACGGGGAGUUUUAGGAGUCUCGGCAGCAUUCCCUUGACCUAAUCCGAUCACCUGAUAAAUACGUAAUGUUGUAUGCAUUCAGACACAAAUAGAAAUGUUUCUCUCCCCUGGAGCACAGCCUGAACCAAAGCCCCGCUAGCUGAUACGACAUGUAGAUUUCUUUCAGGUCCACUCAACUAAUGCCACAGUUGGUCAGAUAAGCGUGGAAGGUUUGAGCUUCAUCCUCAGGUAACUGGGAACUAGGCAGAGGCAAAGUUCUAAAUACGCUGUGGAAUGUCCUCCUGUAAAGAUGGACUCGAGGCAGGUGUUUGUAGAAGGUGUGACUAAGAUUAGCUCUCGAUGCCUGGCCACUUAGCUUCUGUGUGAAACCUCUGAAUUAAAUUUUAUGGAUCCUAACAUUGAAAUCUGUGCUCAUCUAUGUCAAAGCCAAGGUUGAUGUCAUUGAUCAGCAUGGAAAAACCGUCACGUUCAUGGAUGUUGCACGGACAUUCUCUGUGCUCGCUUGUGUGGAAAGGUUUUGAAUGCGUACAUCCAUCUUUUAUCUCUUAUGUUUGCAGUUGGCUUGAAUGUUUAAGGGAAGGAGUGUUUUUAAGAUUUGAUUUUCCUGUUCACGUGCCCGUUAAUUUCCUAAACUGAGUUAGCGAGGCUCAGAUGUUCUCUGCUUUUAGAGUUUUAUUUCUUCUAGGGAUUUUGUUUUUACCCAAUUAUAAAUUACAAAAAAAUGUUGAUUGUAACGGAAUGUUCAUAUUUGAUUGAUGGUGAAGCCUAAAAAUGACUCUCUGAAAUUUUUAUUCUUCUGUAACCCAAUAUGAAUUUGGUCAUUAGUUGAUUUUAUUUAAAUUUCACUUAUUUCAGCAUUAUGUAAUUAUUAUAUGCAUUUAAAGGCACCAGUAUAAGAGAUGUUAUAAUGCUUGUGCUUCCUUUUGACUUUUAAAUGAAAAUAAUUUUAAAUGUAUUUAAUUUAAUGCUUUCUUUUUUAAAUGCAACGUCAUCAUCUAGUUUUCUUUGUCUCAAGUUCCACACAAUGUUUGGUUAGACUAUACUCUGACACAGCUCAGCGGCUGGACAUAUAAGAGAUGCAGCUGCAUUGUGAAUUUUGGCUUCAAAACACUGCUUCUAUUAUUGGACAGCGUUUCCUGGUGGCUUCACGUGUCUGUAUGUCCAGCCACACGCGGCUUCGUGUUUCUAACCUCACUGUAUCAUGGUGUCUCUGUAUUGGACAAACAUUCAUCAAGUUCCCAUUUAUUUAUUUAGUGGUGACAUUUUACCUGUGAUGAUGCACCUGAACUUUGAAAUGCCUCUGUCGUGUACUGCUCACCUGUACGAUCACUGAUUUGAAUGACAGCCAUACCUGUGUAAGCAGAUUAGUUUCUCUGGUUUGUAGAACUGCAGUGAACACAACUGCGACAGUUUACUGUUAAUUACUUUGCAAAUUCUGGCCUGAAUGGAAUUUUAGAAUGUAAAUACUCCUGUACAUAGCAGUUAAUGGACAUUUAAAAUGCUUAGACUACUUUUUCCCUGAAGCUGAUAUUUUUAUUUUAUACAAUAUUUCUGAGUUGUCAUUUGGAAAAACAAAAGUCGAAGGAAGAGAAAAAAAAUGUUUGUACCCAUUUUAAAGACCUUGUCUUUGGUUACGUGUAAAUAGUUGUAUCUCAAAAUGAAAAGGUUGCUACUUUCA